UGUCAUGAAGUACCGGUUGCAUUGGCAGGGUGUGAUGGAGCUGCCCGACUUGACCGUGCAGAAGGGCUCUGUGAAGCUCCUCAAGGAGAGAUGGGAGUCCGCCAGUGCUCUGACACCCAGCCUGGCCUUCCAAUGCCUGCCAGCCCCACGGUCCCUGGCACCAGAGAAAACCAGCCGUGGCAGCACCGUGGAGGAAGCCCCGGUAGACAGCGGUAGGGCGGACGUGAUCAAGGAGGAGCCCCUGGGCAGCCCUCGUCAGAUCGAGACCUUCCCCAUUACCAUCAAGGAGCUGCAGAGCCGCUUUGAGACACUGGGUGGCAGGAAGGAAGCAGAAAGUGGGAGAUGCUCACUGCCACCAGCACUGACUAGUCAGCCUCUGAGCCAUACAGACAUUUCUCUGAUGGAGUCCAGUGUGAAAAGGGGGAGGGCAAUCUUUGAGAAGAUGUCCUCAGGAAAAGGACAGAACAUCAACACUGAAGUUGCAGUAGGUGGUUGCAAAGCUGUAGGAGGACUUCCAGAAGAGAGCCCUCUCAACACUGGCAACAUGCUGAUGGACUUUCAGGAGAAUGUCUUCUUGAAAGAAAAAAUGGCUCUCUACCAGGCUGCCGUGUCCAAGGCAGAGAGCAGCAACUGCUUUGCCAAUACUUCAGAGGAAAUCAAAUCCUGCACUGUGCCUGGUGGCCCGGCUGCAGUGAAGAAACAGUUUGAGAAAGGGCAGAUGACCCCUUCAAGGACCACCUUUGCUCGCUCUGAGCACCAGCACAAAUCUGCAGAGGAGACCUCAAGUACCACUCAGCUCCCAGUAUCAAGCAGCACCAGGGAAUCUGAGUGUAGUGGAACAGCCUCCAAAGAAGGCCCAAUGGAAGCCUUUCAAACUCAAGAGUUUCUCAGAUGCACAGAAACUGUCAACUUGAGGAAAAGUGAAGACAAAAUUCAAAAAGGUGAGGGUUAUCUGGACCAGACAAUUCAACUGGCACAGAUGAGGGAAGCACUGCGCCAGCCCAAAAGCACAAUGCUGUCUGCUGCUUCCAAAAUGAGAGCCAUUAAUGCGAUCAUCAAGAACCAUGCACAUUCUGUAAGACGGCCACAUCACCAAGGAGCUGCUGGUCUGACAGUCUCAAAUGUCGUUGAAGGAGAAAAUCCAAAGUGUCAAAGAGGUGAAAUCUGUUCAGAGGAGACGCUCCCUAAGCCUACAGAGCCGCAGAUGAGGGAGCCACUGAGACAGCCCAAAAGCAAAAUCAAUUUUGCAGCUUCCAGAAUUAAGGCUAUCAAUGAAAUUCACAGAAAUCAGAAACAUUCUCAAAGACAUCCAAAGCAGGAAGGAGCUGCUUUUCUGGCGGAGAAUGUGCAAGGGUUCAAAACCACAAAAUCCAACAUAAAGAACAAAGACGCCAGCUUCACGGUCUAUGUGUUGUGCAGUAAUGCACAACAAGUCUAAAAUAAAAAGGUGAAAUGACUUAAAACUAGUAGACUUGUCUGAAAUUUUGCUGCCUGUCUCUCUUGCUAGGAGUCUCAGCAGUCUUCUACCAUCUUUCUUUGGCAAAGACAUGUUUGAAAAGAAAAACUAAAAAUCACAAUCAGGGGAAGAGCUCUGGAUCUCCAAAGUACCAAUCUGCAGGUCUUAUAUGCAGGCUACCAUUAUGUCAGGAUAACAACAAUCUGCUGCCCAGGAAGAUUAAUCUUACUUUGAAUUCACUAGGCACUGCAAUACUAUGCUCCUCAGAAAAUCAGCUUACAUUUGAGAUCUGCUUUUCAUCCCAAAA